UCGUUUACGCCGCGCCGUUAUUAUUUUACUGUUGCAGGAGACAGCAAGUAUUGUAUGCGAAGGUUGUGUUGUUGCAUGCAUAUUGUAAAGGAGGCUCGGCAUCUCACAUGCUGUAAUGUGCUGACGAAGCUUUGCACGCGGAUGGCUGUGGCGCAUCUACAAGUUCGCCACGUUGUACAAUAACCACAUGGUUGAGCUUCGAUCGGGUCGAUGCAUAAAUACAUCAUACAGUAUAUAAAUUGACCAGCUAAAAAUGCAUUGUAUUAUUUUACAUGCUGGCGAUGCAAUGCAGGGAGCAUGAAAAACCGAUAUGAUGACCAAUCAGAAAAUGGGGUACUGUUUGCCUUGGAAGUGAUUUUUGCUGGCCCCUUUCAUUGCGUUUUAAAUCAUACAGGACGCGACCACAUGUCACAUCUCACCAUUUUCAGUGACGUAGCUGUUUUCCAUCUUUUCAAUACAGUUGAUUGUCCUCUAGCCGCCAAUGUCAUCGUCUGCUGGCGUUUCAGCGAAUGCGCAGGGUCUGUCCAAACAGAUAAUGUUCAUUAUGAGCUGUCAUGCAGUUUUCCAUGGCACCUCGUCUGGCCCUUUAAAUAUUUAAAAGGAAGGAAGAUGGGAGGGGCUUCCUGAGGAAACAGGUGUCUGCUGAUAGGGAUGAUGUCAUUGUUUCAGUAUCACCUGGAAAAGCCUGCGUCUCUCAGUCAGCAAAACGUACACAUUUCAGCUGCUCACAACCGGAUCACAGAUGUCUGCCAGACAGGCGAUAUUUACUGUGUUGUGAAGAUUUAUCCCCUGAAAACUUGCAAGAAAAAGGACGAACACUUGCUGUCAGUCUGCACACUGCUGCUUUUGUUUUUGAGUGAAGAUCACCACACCUCCCAAAAUCCAGAAGAUGUUAUUCAUACAGCAGUGUGAAAUUCCACAACUAAGUCCCAGAGAGUCGUAGUUAACAAGGCCAAGAGAGAGCGUUUUCUCUUCUGGCUGAGACAAGCCAACACCCAGAAAUUGUAUAUUUUCUGAUUUCAAAAAUUUUGGGUUUUUCAAACAGAAGUUUGAAGUAUUUAACAGGCCUGUUUUGGAUGUUACACAUUAAUACAUUUCUGCUUCGCUAUGGGAAGAUGAAUUUAAGAUCAUUGUUACGGGGAGAGACAAUUUAAAGCGCUACAGAUUUCCUACAUCAUGUCAUGGAAAAGAAACUACUUUGCAUCUGGCAGCAGUGGGUUACAAGGGAUAUUUACCCCACGCACCAUGACAUCAAUCGCCCCCAGCAAAGGACUCAUCAACGAGCCGGGACAGAACAGCUGCUUUCUAAACAGCGCUCUACAGGUUCUCUGGCAUCUGGAUAUCUUCCGCAGAAGUUUCCGGCAACUCACAACACACAAGUGCAUGGAGGACUCGUGCAUCUUCUGUGCUCUGAAGAGCAUCUUUGCACAGUUCCAGUACAGCAGCGAAAAGGUUUUGCCCUCCGAUGCUCUUCGCUGCGCUCUUGCCAAAACCUUCCAGGAUGAGCAGCGAUUCCAGCUCGGCAUUAUGGAUGAUGCGGCUGAGUGUUUUGAGAACAUUCUCAUGAGGAUCCACUUUCACAUCUCUGACGAGACCAAAGAGGACAUCUGUACAGCCAAACACUGCAUACCACAUCAGAAGUUUGCCAUGACACUCUUUGAGCAGUGUGUGUGCAGCAACUGUGGAGCCUCUUCAGACCCCUUGCCUUUCAUUCAGAUGGUCCACUACAUCUCUACCACCUCUCUGUGUAACCAGGCAGUCCGGAUGCUGGAAUGCCGGGAGAAACCCACCCCUGACAUGUUCGGAGAACUGCUGAGAAACGCCAGCACCGUGGGAGACCUGCGCAACUGCCCGGGUAACUGUGGAGAGAAGCUCCGUAUUCGACGUGUACUGAUGAAUUCCCCUGAAAUCAUCACCAUUGGCCUGGUGUGGGACUCUGAUCACUCUGACCUGGCUGAAGACGUCAUCCAUAGCUUGGGCACCGUUCUGCGACUUGGAGAUCUGUUUUACCGAGUGACGGAGGAGAAGGCAAAACAGGCGGAGCUCUACCUGGUUGGUGUGGUCUGUUACUAUGGCAAACACUACUCCACUUUCUUCUUUCAGACCAAAAUUCGCAAGUGGAUUUACUUUGAUGAUGCUCAUGUAAAAGAGAUUGGCCCCAAGUGGAAGGAUGUGGUGUCCCGGUGUAUAAAAGGCCAUUACCAGCCGCUACUUCUGCUCUAUGCUGACCCCCGGGGGACGCCGGUGUCGGCUCAGGACCUGGCUUCACGCCUAGAUCUACACCACUACACUAAAGCAUACUACGACAGUGAGGAUUCAGGCCGUGAGCCUUCCAUUUCCAGUGACACGCGGACAGAUUCCUCCACUGACAGCUACAGCUAUAAACCUUCUCACUCUCAUCACGAGUCUAUGGCUUCACACUUCUCCUCUGACUCCCAAGGAACCGUCAUCUGUAACCCUGACAACGACUCUGCCUCACACAGCAGCCUUGAAACCACAGGUCCUUCAUCGGACAACGAUCCAGUUCAACGCCACACCCUCCGAAAAGACGGGCUCCUGGACAGGAAAGGAGGGAUCUUGGACAGAAAACGCAGUGCCAGCAGGCCGCGGAAAUUUGAGGCCCGUAGUGAUUUAAGAAGUCGAUCCUCUAAGACAGAUGAGGUGUUGUCUGCUGGCUACCACAGUGAAGGUGAGACAUUAAAAGAACAGCAGGUUCCUCGUUCCCUACCUAAGCCUAGCUCCAGUCGACUCCGAGACUUUAAGGAGACCAUGAGCAACAUUAUCCAUAACCGGCCACUUUCUGCAUCAUCUUCGAGCUCCGUGGGCCCGCCUGACUCCACCGCCAAGCGCCCGGACUGGGAGGCAGACAGCACCAGCAGCGAGUCCAAGUCCAGCUCGUCAGGCGGGCGCUACCGGCCGCCCUGGAAACCUCGUCGUGAGACCCUGAAUAUCGACAGCAUCUUCAGUAGAGAAAGGCGAAAACAGUCUGGGUACACUCCUCUGGGAGCUCUGCUGUCUGAAGACAGUGACCCUCAGGGGGAGUUGUCCGACUCCGUGGAGCAGACCACUUUUCGAAGCCUGCCAGGACCCCUAAGAAGAGCGUCAGAGCAACCUCCACGGCUCAUCCAGAGGAUGGAGAGCGGCUAUGAGAGCAGUGAGAGGAACAGCAACAGCCCUGUCAGUCUCGACAUACCUGUCAGUGAGGGGACCAGUAAUGGCACACACAGCUUACGAGAUGCAGGGUUGAAAAAGCCUCCAGCUGAUACGAACCCAUCGUGGAAGACUGUCACCAAAUCCAAGAGCAGCAGCUCCCUAUUGCAGGAUGUCAAAGCGUCAGUCAAGGGCAGUAGUCACAUGAGUUUAGCGGGUGGGGGCCGCAGUGAACUCGAUGAGCUGCAGGAAGAAGUCGCUCGCAGGGCAAGGGAGCAAGAGAUGCAGAGACUAAAGGAAAAGGAGAAAGAGGCGGCCAUGGGCUUCAAUCCCAGACCCAGCAAGUUCAUGGAUCUGGACGAGCUCCAGAGCCAAGGGAAAGGGGAAGGCUUUGAGAGGUGUGUGUUGGAGGCAGAGUCUCUAUUAGAUCAGUCUCUGAGACUGGAGCAGGCGGGAGAGGUGGCUACCGCUCUGUCUGUGGUUAAUGAAGCUAUGUCUAAACUCAGGCAUACUUUGCAUGAGAGCAGCGCUAACACUCAGGGCAGGAUGCAAAAGUGCAUGAGGAGAGCACGAGGUCUGCAGCAACGCAUGCAGCAGAAGCAACAAGAAGAAGAGAAGAUGCAGAAACAGCCUCUCAGUGACCAGCCUGUCCCGGUCCCAAUACUUCUGACAAAUGUUAAAGAAGACAACGAGAAGGACAUUUCAGAAGAUCCAUUAAGACCACAAUCACCUCUUCACAUGAAAUCUCAGUCUACAAUUACCCCACUUACUGAAGCCCCCAGCAAUCCCGAAGCGCCCCACAAUGCAGACCCGCAAUGUAACAUUAUUCCCCCUGCUGUUACAGAAAAUGGACAACACUUAGACACACGGGGUGGCAUGACCCUCACAAACUCUCAUUUACAGACUUCUACCAGACCCUGCUCAAGUUCUGCCACAAAGCCUGUUAUUGCAGUGAAUGGCUUUGAGGGUCAUGUUCAGCCCUCUUCUCAGCCCAAUAACAUGCCCUGUAGUCCAUCUCAAUUUAGCAGUCAGCGACCACCCAUGUCACAAACCCUAAGUGCCCACCACACAACUACUGUCACUGAUAACAGCAAUUCUGCAGACAGGCAACAAAACUCAGCUCUCCCUCAGACGUUUCGACCCCAAAGCCACGCUUCGGAUGCCUGUCAAAAAUCAAACUCGCUGCCGGCACCCUCCAGGGACUGGUCUUGCCGUAGUUUGGGGCGACCCGGUCGCCAUCCCACUUCAGCGGACUCCUCUGUGCACUCUCCAGUAGACCUUCGCUCUCCAUCUUCCCCCUGUCCUCCGUCCCUGUCUUCAGCUCUGGAGCAACGGCCAACUGCCCCCAUGCCCGUAGAGCGCUGGGCUGAAAAUGUCAAUCGAUACUACAAUUCCCAGAAUUCUGCACAUUCAGGACGUGGCUCGCCCUGUGAAGAGCUGUCUGAGCUGGAAUCGCUGUAUCAGGAAAGCUUGAAGGCUUCCAACAUGCCCAGAGCCCCACAAGGACCCAGCCCUCAGCUUGCCAACAGAUCAGGUCCUACUGCUUCUCGAAAGCACACAGCUGGACUCUCUGCCACACUUGGCCGUUCCAAAACUCCCACAGCAGAGAUUGAGAGAUCUGCCUAUAGGACACCAGCAUACAACAGUAAACCUGUUCAGAAGAAUGUGUCUGCUGCAGUCUAUGGUGCACGAUCACGUGAGGAUGAAUCAUCAUACAGUGCCGAAAACCUGCGACGAAUUGCUCGCAGUCUCAGUGGGACUGUCAUCGGAGGGCGAGCCGACAGCGUUGCCCCAUCUCGCAGCUUUGACCCCCCUGUCUCCAGGAUACCCAAGCAUGUGAACAUGCAACCCCCCACACAUCGCUCCAGCACCUCCCUGCAUGUUAUACCCCCUCCUUCCCACCAUCCUCCUAUGUUUGCAAACGACCAAUACCUUCACCCAAGCCAUCGGCACCCCCCUGCCCCUUCAUCACACCUGCACCAGCAGACUUUGAGACCUUCUCGUGGACCGUCAGGAGAUUGCCACAAGGCCAACAAGUUUCUGGCUGUGCUUGACGGGGGUGAAGCUCCCCCCUAUGAAAGCUACCACAACGUGGCACUGAGCUACGGGACACUUCCCAGGGCUCUUCGUAGGUCAACUUCAUCCGGACCUUUGGAGCCCUCAGCUGGUCAAGGGUCUCGGAGCUACGCGGACACGGCCUAUGCCACAGUAUCUCGUUCUCACCGUAGUGCGCCGCCGAGCAGAACAGUAGAUGGUGUUUACAGACAGCCCCACCAGCAAUCCAGUCGUGCUCCUUCAAACACGCCACAUGUUGCCCCAGUCCCACAGCAUUUCAGCCAUCACCACCCGCAUGUGUCCUUCGAGCCCUCUGCCCAGCCCGUCCGCCUAGAUGUACCCCCAGAGAAAGACUGGAGGGCUGGAGACCGCCGGAUUGCUCCCAGAGACACUCGUGUUAUCCAAAGGCCAGCAGAACCACGAGGUGGAGCGUCCCGUGGCCCUACCCCUCCUAGUUAUCUUUGCUCCCUGUGCAAGAUAAACCCAGCGGAGCCCUCCAGAAGCUACUGUCAGACCUGCAGAGCCUACGUGAACCACUACAAGAUGACAUCACAAAAAUAAGUCCCUCUACGUGUUAUUUCUUCCUGACUUGGAAUUACAGUAUAAACCUCUGCACCCAUUUUUGGGGGGCUCUUCAGAGAAGAGGAAAAAUGCCAGCAACUGCGUUGUAAAGCAGGGCAGGCAGUGUAUCGCUUUGAAUCAAUGUUUAGCCCCCAAAAAGAGAGACAAUGGCGACGAUCUUAGAAAUAUCCUUGGCUGUGGUGCGCCAUAAAAAGGGUGUGGCUAAGUUUUUAAACUACACUGGAAAGGGAGCGUUCACUCCCUAUAUUUUUAGAAUAUAUCUAGAAAACUGCUAAUGCAUUCGGUUCAUUUAAGUUCACAACAGGCCUCGAUCUCAGCACAAAGCAGCAGGAGUGCGCACUUUGGCGGUGGAUGUGUGGGAUGACUGCAGUUUAAACCGAUUUGAACGCGCACAACGUGACAAAAAGACAUUCAUUGCCUGAUGAUAUAUAGCGUCUACUCCAUAUAUGCACAAGUUCUAUAUUUUACUCUCAUUUGAAUUAGCAUUCCACUCAAAACCUAACUUAGUUGUGUGAUUGUAAUUUAACUAUGUUAACACAAGUUUAGUGCACUUUAGAAGUGUUACGUUAGAAGCGUUCCUCUGUUGUAAAUUCUCCCAUUAUUAUGGGAAAACAGGUGUUCGUGUGUAACUACUUAUUUUAGAGGGCUGUUACGUAAAUGUGCAUAACUAAUCCGAGGUACAUCAGAUAUCUCUCUUGUACCGACAGUCAACUUUACGCAGCCUCAUUGGCGUUUGUGUUGAUAUUUUUGUGUACAGUAUUGUUUUGCUUAAUAGAUGCUUCUAAUUGUGAUCUUUUUUAUAUUUUGUAGUAGCAGCAGCCAUUUUUGAUUAUUAUAGUAUAUCUUACAUUUAUUAAGUGCAAAAGUGUUUUCAAGACUUGAGACGUAGACGAUUAACGGAUUAAGUAUUCUUUGCAGUGCCUUGGUUUGUGGAAGGCAACAUUACUGAGUGUUUGUUUUAUCGGUUUACAGCCUUAUAAUAAUAAUGCUUAUUAUAAGAGUGCUAAAUUAAGGACUUGCCAUUUAAUAUUUCCCCCACUGGUGGAUGAAUACAUUUUAUUUUUUUAUUAUUAUUAUUAUUAUUAAUUUCUUGGACACUACCGACUGAGUUAAAACGCAGCUUGCGAUCGUUUAACUUUGUUUAGAGUGCAAAUGUGCCAUUUCAUAAAGAUGAAAGUGUUACUUGCUUAUCAUAGUAGACACCAGUAAGGGCAGUUUAUAUCAAAACAGGGCCAAAUUUGUUAAAGGUUUUCAUACAUGAUCACUGUUUAGAGCAUGUUAAAUACCUCAACCAAUAACAUGCUCUUCUUUUGAUUUCACUAGAAUAGGUUUGCACGUACUAUGAUUUUGUAAAUCAGGACUUAACAGUGAAUCAGAGUGCCUCUGCAUUAAAUUCCCACUGGGUGAUUAAUCUGAAUCGUUUUUUGCUGGGCCAAUAUGCAGUGCAACACUGCCCUGGCUGAACACUGAUCUGUGACUGAAUAACCCUUUCCUUCCUUUCUUUCUUUUUUGUGAAUUAAAACACAAACAGAUAUGGCAAAAAAGUAAGGCUGUGUAUAUAAGUGUGUACAGAUUCAGUCUUUGACCUUAAAUACAGACAGAUUUCGGAGUUGUUGUAAAUGCUGUGCUAGAAAUGAAUCUUGUAUUUUUGCAAUAAAGCUAUAUUGAGCUCCAGUCUGGAGCAGAACGCUG